AUGAGCGAAACUAAGGAUGGUAUACAAGUCGAAUUAUUUCGGCUAUCUCCUCCGGUUCUUAAUCAUAAUAUAUGGAAUUUAUUUAAGAUAAAAGAAAUUGAAAAUACAGAUUUUGGAAAAAAUGUCAAUAAUGAUGAUAUUAGUUUAUCUAACGAAUUUAGCUUCGGUCUUCCAACAAAUUCUAGGAAAAUAUAUUAUGGGCAAAAUUUUACAUCUCAAAUUAAUAUAUCAAAUAAUUUUAAAAGUGAUAUUCAAAUAAGUGAAAUAAAUGUAGAAGUUGUGACAAAAGAAAAUAUGUUUAAUAUUCAUAAAAAAAGCGAAGACAUAAAUAUUCCUCCUACUGGGUUUUUUAAUUUUACAACAACUUUUGUCGUUAAUUUUUUGGAUAUAUUUACAAUACAAUGCACAGUAGAUUAUUUUGUAGAAAAUGAGCCCCAAAAGAUAAGGAAGGAGUUUAAUUUUAUAAGUAUAGAUCCUUUUUGUUUAAAAAGUGUUAUAUUCCAGAAAAUGGAUAGAUUAUAUAUCGAAUUGCGAUUGAAAAAUAUAGAAGACAAUAACAUAAUGGUAAAUGAUAUAAAAUUAAAAGAUAUAUGUUAUGAGACAAUAAAAAAUGAAGGAGGGUUUAAAACUCAUAAUGGGUUACAUUAUUUCAAAAAAAAUGAUGAAUAUUCUAUGAUAUUUUGUGUAAAUGAUGAAAAAAGCAAAUUAAAUAUUUUAAAUAAAGAAAACGAUGAAAAUAUAACUAAUAUAGAAAUAAUAUAUUUUUCAAAUGAUGGUGGAAAAGGAAUAAAUAAUAUGCAUUUUUUAAAAAAAAGUAUGAUAGCAGAUAAUCUUCGAAUAUAUUUACUUGAAUCAGAAAAUUCAUUUUAUUUAAUAAAUAAAAUAUAUAAAUUUGAAAUUGUAUUUGAAAAUAAUACAAAUGAGAAUAUAUUAAUAGAAAUACUAAUUCACAACAAUUUUAAUAUUCAUGUUGUUAAUAAUUUUGUUAAAGCUCAUACAAUCGAAGGGAAAAAAAAGGUAUCUCAUUUUUUUGAUGUUUUGUUUAUUAAUCCUGGAAUCCAUUUUUUUAAUAAAAUUACAAUAUAUAAUAAAAAAACGAAAAAAAAAAUAAACUAUAUUAAACUGUUUAAAUUAUUUGUUAAAUAA